UUUUGGUUCCUCGUCCUCGUCAGUAAAUAGUAAACUUGUGUGGGUGCACAGUCUUCAGUUGGCAUGACUGGGCACUGGGCAAAAAUGAAUGGCUAACCUGAAAACAGGUUCAAUAGACGUUUCUCCACCUAGGACCUAGACAACCAGAUUUUAGAUCUAGAUUAGCAUCUAACAUCAGUCAGGAUCAGCAAGCUGUGGAUUUACAAAGCGGCAUUAAGAGCAACAUCACCAGCUACAAAUGUAGUGUGAAGUAAAAAGAAGAACAAACAAGCUGGUUGGUUUUCCUGUAUGUCCAUCUCCAUCUCCUCUUGUAGCUCCACCUCCACUCGGGUGCUUUCGUAUUCUCAUCAUCAUCAUCAUCAUCAUAUCACUAGACUGUACAAGUGUAGAGUAGACUGUAGAUACUGUAGAGCGUAAUAUACAGGACUGAUUGACUUGGUAUGCAUCACACAUCGCGCAUAGCUAUCUCGUGACCUGUGUAUGUAUAAUGUGGCUCAGUGAGCGGAUAUCACGGAUAUUUCUCUCAGUUACUCAUGAGAGUAGAAUCAAGCAGGAGCAGGAGUUGGAGUACUGAGUGCGUUGAAAAUGGCGUCACUGGUUAAAUAAUUUAUCACUAGUGAUAUGUCCAGCUUGGGGUCAUCGAGUGUUUACGUUAACGGUUCAUCGUCAUGAUAAACAAUUGAUAAUAAAGUAAAGCAUAAGCAAAAGCAAAAGCAACAAUCAUCAGUACUGUCUAUUCAACAAACCAACAAGUGAUUUACGUUGGUCACUUACACAUACACGUGGGCUAUCUAUUAUUGCCUUACCCAAAGCUUACGUCCGUCCAAAUAAUGACAUGGGAAUUUGCAGCAGAAGACAUUUUUUACUGACGAUAUGUACUCUGCAACUCCUAACAACGAUAGAACGCCAGGUGUUCGACUUUCUGGGGUUUAUGUGGGCCCCGAUACUGUUCAACUUUUUUAAUAUUAUUUUUGUUAUUCUCGGCUUUUUUGGAGCCUUCCAGUAUAGACCAAAAUAUAUUAUAUCUUACUGUAUAUGGGAUACACUUUGGCUAGCAUGGAAUAUAUUUUGCAUAUGUUUCUACCUGGAAGUCGGUACACUAGAUAAGCAUAGUGACAUUUUGAACCUGAAGACGGGGAGUUUCUCCUGGUGGCAGGUCAACGGCCCGGGCUGCAAACCCAACUACGACACCAUUGAGCCGGAGUUAUUAAGACCGACGCGGCCUAAAAACGUUACCGACUGCCUAUUAAGUUAUGAGGUCAUCGAAGUCUUGCACGCGUCAACGCAGUGUCUGCUGGCCCUUAUGGCCAUCGUCGGCGGAAUAUGUCUGAGCCGCGCGUUCCUCGAAGAGGAUGACAGUUCACGAAUUAACAAAAGGAAAAAGCAGACUCGGCCACUGUACAGUAUAGAAUAUUCGCAACCGGAGCCGCCAGUUCAGGAUGACAGCGUGUCCCCGAAGCCGAUGACACCUAGACGAGUUAAACGUCGAUCAGUUAUUUCCCGCGACGGUACCCGUAGGUCUAGCAACCGGCGGAGCUCAGUCCGGCAGUCAACCACCCGACGUAAGAAUCCAGUUAACCGAAUAAUGGAGCAGCAGGAGAGCUUGUACGCCAACACGAUGCCUAGUCCGCUGACCAACCAGAACGUAAACUCUCUGUCCCAGGGUACGCUCAAUUACGACCGAAUCGCCAGCACCUGGGACAGGGAGAGACAGUGGCAGCCUGAGGCGGUAAACAUGGCCGUCUCCUCGCCCUCACUCUGGACUCCCGACCCCAAUUACUCGAACAUCACGAACCUCGCCUCCAGUUCUGCCCAGAGCUGCUGGGACAACGCUGCGAGUUCCACGAGGCACCUAACAGACAACACCUGGCAAGGGAACGAGCCCAGUUGCAGCUCUGCGAUGCAGUGGCAGGGCCAAAGCAAUCCCACUUUCCAGCAGACCAGCAUCCAGAGUCUCAACCAUCAUGAGGAUCACGAGGAUCUGUACAGCAACAGACCUGCCAGUGCCAGGUCCAGCUACAGCAAUUAUCACGGGAUCAGAGCCACCCCCCAAGUACCAAAUAGGACUGACAUCGUGAGACAGAGCCAGCGGCAAUUCGUCUUAAGUGGCCCGCCCGCUUAUCAAGACACCGUUAUUUAAAAAAAUUAUUAUUGAUACACUGUAAAAAAUUUUCGGAGUGAACGCGGAGUAAAAUUUAGGAGGAAGGGGAGUUUAUUUUAAUACUAAAAUUCCGAAUCGGAGUAAAUGCGGAUUUAAAUAAAAUUCAGAUCACUCCGAAAUCACUUCGCUGAAAAGACAAACUCCUUAUUUACUCCAUAUCCCAGAUAGCAAAAUGACGUCUUGAUGAGUUCUGAAUGAGUUCCUAUUUAUGAUUUGGACGUCUUAAUAACAUGUUAAAGAAGUCUUUAAGAAGUUCUCAAGAUGUCGAAUGCGCCACCUAACGAACUCAGUAAGACGUCUUUAAAAAGAGUUCUUUUUUUUGACUCCGCAAAUAAGACUUCAGAAUGAACUUACUAUGACGUCUUAAGGAGUUCCUAAUUUUGACUUCAUUUUGACUUCAAAAAAGUUAAAAAAAGAAUACAUUACGUCACAAAACUGACGUCUUAUUUAUGGAGUCUUCAAGAACUCUUAAUUAAGAGUUCUUAAAAAUGACACCUUUAAGAAGUCAUUAUAUGACUUCUUGAAGACUCCUUCAAAAAUACGUCGUAAAGCAGUCAUUCUGACUUGAAUGCUGUCUGGGAUGUCGAGUGAUUUUUUUUACUCCGAAACUCCGAAUGACAGUGAAUCCGAACUUAAGUAAAAUCCGUAAUCACUCCUGAUUUUUUACAGUGAUAUUAAUAAUCACGUAAUUUAUAAGAAUGUAGUUGAUAUUUUGACUGAUUUUAUGAGCUUUAUUUUAAAUAGUUUUAUUUAAUACUUGUGACAUUAGAGUGUAAGCAUAAAUCAAAAGCGGCUCGUACAUUCGGUAAAAUGUACCUGUAAUAUUUUUUCAUUUUUUUACAUUUUACAACUUAAACAAUUAUCAUUAUUAUUAUUAAGAAUUUGAUUGCGUUGGUAAAUCGAGAAUGAUAACCAAAGUAUUAAUAACACAUCGAUUAUUUUUUAUUGUUAAGUAGAUAAUACACUCACAUACAUUCACACCACACUAACAUUUGUAUCUAAGUAUUAUUUAAUCAUGUAAGUAAUAUGACACAAAGUAUAUAUACAUAUAUAUACAUAAUUUCUAAGAAUCUCCAGAGGUAUUUUAAAUAAAAGUACCGAUAAAUUCCAUGGCUAUUUUAUAACGAUCUCGCGAAUGACAAGUAGUUUUUUUUUAUAAAUAUUAUUAUUAU